UUCUUCUUCGUAUUAUUAUUUCGAGCAAAGCGGAAGUACCGAAGCCGGAGAAAAGCGGAAAGAAAGAAGAAAAAAGGGGGCGUCCCGCUGCCCCCCUCCCAAGCUGCACAAAAGAUAGAGGAGCCAGCAGGGACGUCAUGGCACCCGCUGGAUUGAAAGCUGUCGUGGGAGAAAAAAUUAUGGCUGAUGUCAUAAAGAAAGUAAAAAAGAAGGGAGAAUGGAAGGUCCUGGUGGUGGACCAGCUGAGCAUGCGUAUGCUGUCCUCCUGCUGUAAAAUGACCGAUAUUAUGACUGAGGGGAUCACAAUUGUAGAAGACAUCAAUAAGCGCCGGGAGCCGUUGCCUAGCCUGGAGGCUGUGUAUCUCAUCACUCCGUCAGAAAAGUCUGUUGAGUCUCUCAUUGCCGACUUCAAAGAGCCCCCAAAUGCCAAAUAUCGAGCUGCACAUGUCUUCUUCACUGACUCAUGUCCAGAUUCCUUAUUCAAUGAACUGGUCAAAUCCCGUGCAGCAAAAGUCAUCAAGACCCUGACGGAGAUCAACAUUGCUUUCCUGCCCUAUGAAUCGCAGGUUUACUCCCUGGAUUCAGCUGACUCCUUUCAAAGCUUUUACAGCCCUCACAAGGCUCAAAUGAAGAACCCAAUUCUGGAGCGCUUGGCAGAACAGAUCGCGACCCUUUGUGCCACGCUGAAGGAAUACCCGGCGGUCCGAUAUAGGGGGGAUUACAAGGACAAUGCUAUGCUGGCUCAGCUGAUCCAGGACAAGUUGGAUGCAUAUAAGGCAGAUGACCCAACUAUGGGAGAGGGUCCAGACAAAGCUCGCUCCCAACUUAUCAUCCUAGAUCGUGGCUUUGACCCCACCUCUCCAGUGUUGCAUGAGCUCACAUUCCAAGCCAUGAGCUAUGAUUUGCUACCCAUUGAAAAUGAUGUCUACAAGUAUGAGACAAGUGGCAUUGGGGAGGCCCGGGUCAAAGAGGUCCUGUUGGAUGAGGAUGAUGACCUCUGGGUUACCUUGCGCCACAAGCACAUUGCUGAAGUGUCCCAAGAGGUCACCCGGUCUCUGAAAGACUUUUCUUCCAGCAAAAGGAUGAAUACUGGUGACAAGACCACCUUGAGGGACCUUUCCCAGAUGCUCAAAAAGAUGCCCCAGUAUCAGAAAGAACUCAGCAAGUACUCCACUCAUCUCCACCUGGCUGAAGACUGCAUGAAGCACUACCAAGGCACCGUGGACAAACUCUGCAGAGUUGAGCAGGACCUGGCCAUGGGCACGGAUGCAGAAGGGGAGAAAAUCAAGGAUCCCAUGCGUGCCAUUGUCCCCAUCCUGCUUGAUGCCAACGUCAGCACCUAUGACAAGAUCCGGAUCAUCUUGCUGUACAUCUUCCUCAAGAAUGGGAUCACUGAGGAAAACCUGAACAAGCUGAUCCAGCAUGCUCAGAUCCCCCCUGAGGACAGUGAAAUCAUCACCAAUAUGGCACACCUUGGGCUACCCAUCAUCACAGAUUCCACCUUACGCCGUAGAAGCAAGCCAGAACGGAAGGAACGUAUCAGCGAACAGACUUACCAGCUCUCCCGAUGGACUCCAGUGGUCAAAGACAUCAUGGAGGAUGCUCUUGAGGAUAAGUUGGACACCAAGCACUACCCAUACAUCUCCACCCGAUCAGCUGCUUCUUUCAGCACUACAGCAGUCAGUGCCCGCUACGGACAUUGGCACAAGAACAAGGCUCCUGGGGAAUACCGCAGUGGUCCUCGCCUCAUUGUUUUCAUCCUGGGGGGUGUUGGUCUGAAUGAGAUGCGCUGUGCCUACGAGGUGACGCAAGCCAGUGGGAAGUGGGAGGUGUUGAUAGGUUCCACACACAUUCUCACCCCACAGAAAUUGCUGGACACGCUGAAGAAACUGACCAAAAUGGAUGAAGAAAGCAGCAGUUAAACACACACUCCCUCUCUCUCUCGCUCAUUGUCGUUUACCUGCUCCCAAAACAGUAACAUCAACCAAAUCUUUGCAAAUCUGGGGUCAUGGCCAGAUUGACUUCUUGGCAUUGUCUUCAGCCUGCCUCUUCUCGAGUUUUGAUGCAAGACCCCCCCCCCCCAACUUUCCCAUUUCCUUCCCCUUCAUUUCUUUCCCCCUUCAUUUGAAGCAAAGCUAAAUAAGAGAAAAAAAAAUAUGCAUUGUGUCUAAAGGAGGGGGGGAAGAAAAGAGUAAUAUAUUCUAUAAUAUAGAUAUUAUCUCUGUAUGUAUCCAAGAAAAUAAAAUGCCAGAUUCAACUACCCA